AUGACUGGCCCCAAACCCCUAACCAAGAUCGAGGGCGAUUGCUCCACUAUCCACAGCAAUACCCUCUACGUCUAUUCGCCGACUGGCUUUGCAUCAAUACCUCUCAAGGAGAAUGGGGACUGGAAGCUACUCCCAUCCCCAGAGCGCAUGGUUACUGGCCCUGCCUGCGUCCAGGGUGGAGCGGGCGAAGACGAGGCAUUUUAUCUGGUCGGCGGGACCGGCUCCGACGGCAACAGCGGCCUCCAACGCUUUUCGUUCAGUACACAGAAGUGGGAGACAUUGCCCAUGAGAUCAGCGGAUAUGAAAGAUCGGACUGGACAUGGCGCGGGAUACAUUCCCUCAACUUCGCAAAUAUUGGUUUACGCAGGAAACACAGAUGGCAGCACACAGAUCUCUCAAUCGACACUCCUCAUUUCCACAAAAUCGCCCUUCGACAUCGAGUCUGGGGUCCCCCAGGGCGAACCCGCGUUAUAUGAGCCCAUCAUCUUGCCUUGGAGUUCUUCCGAGGUAGCCUUGAUUGGAGGCUCCGCCACGAAUACUGCUAUCUUCGUCUAUCAAACCGCGAAUAAGCAAGGCUGGACCAUCUCAGAGGCGACUCUUCCCUCUGCAAUCCAAUCCAAUUCUCUAUGCGCGCUCGCCUCCGAUUCUGGGACUAAGGUCCUUGAAGAAUUUAACAUGGUCGCCUCCCCAAAUAGUGUCACUAGCUACCUCCUUAGCUCGAAAGGAAAGGUGCAGAAUCCGGUCACAGCCAUUCCAUCUUUGGAAAAGAGGGGUCUCACCGAUUCUUACAACGACACAUUCGCACCGACAGCAUCCUGGACUGAUUAUACGCUCGCCCAGGGUGACGGCUUGGUAGUUCUCGCCAGCGGCCGAAGUAACGACUCAUUGGCAAUCUUCAACCAGACUUCCAACGCAUGGGUCAACUCAACAGAGCUGUUCCUUGGAAAGGGAGAUCAGCAUGUCCUCAAACCAUCCACCACAUCAUUCACAUCGUCUACCCCGACAUCGACCUCAUCAUCCACAUCCACAUCUACAUCGACCGCGGCCUCAACUACGCCCACUUCGUCAUCUCCAGUUGCGGCUGUAGCUGGCGGCUUGACUGAUCAUGGCAAAAUGAUUCUUGGCGCAACUCUCGGGAGUAUCCUAGGGUUUGGCUUGAUCCUGCUCAUCAUUCUUUUCCUACUGCGACGCGCGAAGAAGAAGCAACAGACAGCCCAACCCGGUCGCGGGGGCGAUACCAAAGACCGCCUAAGCUUCCAGGACCAGGGCAUAGAGCCCCUGACCGAAGGCGCUUACCCAAUGGCAAGAUCUCCUGUCCCACUCGCGGCCGCUUCGACCGACUCAUUGGCUAUCAUGUCCGGAACCUACAGAGAGAAAUCCCUCAAGCCACCUGUUAACACGGGCUAUGGAUUGUCUCAGCCCAAGGCCAGCAGUCCGCUCUCCACAAUUCCCUCCAGCGGUGCCAUGGGCGCAUCAAGCGUAUACACCGACGACACCAAUCGGGCUGGCGAUGACACCGGGCAUGGGAACCAGGCUGCUGACCGAUUGACCGACGAAGGAUGGGGGAAGUACUUUGAGGACGGCGGUGCCACUAACUUCCAAUCCGACCGCUCGACUGUCAGUUCCGCAUACACCAAGUCCGACUAUCGCGGAAGCGGCUGGCCGAUGACUACAUUGACACCAUUAAAUUUCGGCUUCCUCGACCAGCCCAAGCCACUUGGUCACGUUCUCAGCGGCAGCCCGACCACGGAAAACGGCCCGUCUGAGACGGGCAGUCGAAGUCUGAUAAUCCCGGAGAGCCAAUCGGCACGAAUCUCCAGUGCGGAUUCAAUCAGUAUCGCCUCAGACGACGACCGCGAUGAUUCAAAAUGGCAAGGUGCAGGCCAGAGCAGCUGGCUUGGACGGCCCCCAAGCAGCAACUACACUACCAGCUUCUACCAGACGAGCACGCAAGACAUGCCCUGGGAAUCAUCGAACGGAAGCCUCGCAGACAAAGGAAGACAGUCCAAUGCACGAAGAUCCAGCGUCAUCAUACCACAUGACAUCGACGAACUUCCGGUGCAAGGACAGCAGAACAAUACCAAUUCAGAUAUGAGCUGGCUCAAUCUCAAGGCUGACCGUUAA